CGACCUUUCAGCCGACUGGCCAAUCCCUUCACGUGAUGGUGAAAAGGGCCCAGGAUUCGAAUAAUGAGCUUCCCACAGAAACUCCCCCCAUCCUCUUCCAAUUCUACAUCUCCUUUGGCCCAUGGAAUCAUCCCACACUACCGCCACCGGUGAUCUUCCAUGCCGUCGUGUCCCAUUGCCCACGCCUCGACCGGUCGGCAAUUAAUGGCCCUCCUUCUCCGCACUAGCCGCACUGUCCACCCCGCACGCACGAUCCAUCCAAGAGGCCUCGUUCAUGGCUCAGCUACGAUACAUGAGAAAGGCUCGGUCCCAAUUUUGGAGAAACAAUCGUACCCGUACCAUAUUGGCAGAAUUGGACCCUACGAGUGAAUCAAUCGAGUAUUGUGGCCACCCGGUUGUCAGCGCUGACAGCGAUCUCAACACGCUAUGCUCUUGGAACACAUCGAAAGACGGCAAAUCAACCUAUGUGCCAGGCAGCCCCCCAAUAUGGACGCCGCGGUCCAAACCUUAUAAACUACGAAAACCUUCUGCCGAAACAAAUCGCAGGAGGAGGGUUGACAUGGUGGGCGUAAACUCGGCGUUUUUCCACGCCCUCGGCGUCGAGCGUCCCUCGUUCAACCUUACAGAUACCGACAUCAUCGCAAAAAGUUCCAUACUUAUAAAGCUCUUCCUAUGCGCCGCAGGUGUAGAGCUGGAAAAGAGUUUGAACAUUGAUCUUUCUCUGGUUGGUAACACGCUGUUACUUAACACCUACAUCCAUCCACAAAAAAUUAAUGAUUUUUAUCAUUACCCCGGCGCAGACCUGAAAACUUGGUACGGCAUGGCAUUUGAAGAUGAAUGGACGACGAGAAUGCCAGAACUCAAGGACACAAACCACAUGCGUGCUGUGCAGUACACCCUGGGUGACCUGAAUUGCAUAGUCCAGAGCCAACAGGACGCAUACUUAGAGAUGCCCAGGGAAAAGCCGUCGGGCGGGACAAUUUCUAAGCUCAUCGGUCGCGCUCCUACGCUGAUAGAGAAAGAAGGAGAGGAGAAUGAGCUGAAGGUUAAUACAGCCCGCCUGUAUGCAUAUGGUCACAAAUACGACGCCUCUAAAUUAGCCGAAAUCAAGAUGAACAUGAAUAAAGAGUAUAUCUUCCAGCAUGAGGCACGGCUCUGGCUCUCGCGCAUUCCUAAUUGCAUCUUCGGCUCCCCAGGAACAGACCCCGGCGUCAUCAGCAAUACCUACAUCCGCAACGCCAAGCAACAUUACCCAGAAUGGGAAGAAAAGCAUCAUCGCCCACUGCGACAGUUUACCGGCCUGCUGCGGACGACACUAGACAUCAUGAAGCGUGCGCCAUCUGGCAAUGGCAAGAUGUGGUACAAUAUAUCCAAACGGAAAUUAAUUAUCGAAACGUAUGGGCCCAACGAGACGCCGAUGUCUAUCGUAUCGACCAAAUUCCGCGAUCAAUUUUGGCCGGGAUUGCCACGACCGGAGCCGGAGGACAUGAGGUCGACGCUGCAGUUGGGGACAGGCUCGGAAUACACUUCAGUUUUGUUUUCUGGUUCUCCAGUGAAGCAGAAUGCGCCUCUCUCAGGAACAAUUGUGUCCUCAAAGGCUCCGACUCCUCCGAAAUCUGUCAGUGAGAACAUCAAGCGUUCCAUUGGCCUCUUCAUCGCCCGAAGCCUCUCAGUUGCAACAGUCUUCACGAUCGUCGAGGGCGCCGGAGUCCCGGAUGUCACCUGA